AUGUCCGAGGCUCUUGAUCUUUCCUUGCUGAAGGGGACUCCCCAACAGAGGGAAGAAAUUUCGACUGCUCUACUCCAUGGCCUCAAGACUCGGGGUGGUGUUAAGUUGAAGAAUCAUGGUCUUCCGGAUAAGCUCAUCUAUGAUCUAUUUGACUGGACUCGCAAGUUCUUCGCUCUGCCCCACGAGGACAAGAUGCUCGCAAAGCACCCUCCCAAGGCGAAUCCCAACCGUGGCUACUGCUACGUCGGACAAGAGUCUAUCUCGAGCAUCAGUGGUUUUGAGAAGGGGCUUCCUCAGGGAAAAUUUGUUCGUGAUAUCAAGGAAACAGUCGACUUCGGUUCCCCCCGAGACGAACUAGUAGACAACAUCUGGGUCCCCGAAGAAAAACUCCCCGGCUUCCGCAACUUCAUCGAAGAAUUCUACGAAACCUGCUUCAAACUCGAACUCGAAAUCCUCGCCGCUCUAGCCCGUGCUCUCGGCGUGGACGAAAACCAAAUGCUCGCUCUACACAACAAAGCCGAAAACGAGUUCCGCAUCCUGCAUUACCCGUCCAUCCCAGCCUCAGAACUAGCAGACGGCACUACUACACGUAUCGCCGAGCACACGGAUUUUGGCAGCAUCACGAUGCUCUUCCAAGACUCUGUAGGCGGACUGCAAGUGGAGGAUCAACAGAAUCCGGGUGUUUUUCGUGGAAUCGAGUCUAAGGAUAAGACGGAGAUUAUUUUGAAUAUUGGUGAUUCGAUGCAGAGAAUUACUAAUGAUACUUUCCGGGCUGCUUGUCAUCGGGUUACGUAUCCGCCUUCUGUUAAGGUUGACUCGGAUUCGGGUAGUGCUGAGGCGGUUAUUCCGGAGAGGUACUCGAUUGCGUAUUUUGCGAAGCCGAAUCGGAGUGCGUCGUUGUUUCCGUUUAGGGAGUUUAUUACGCCGGCGACGCCUUGUCGGUAUGAUGAUGUUAAUGCGUGGGAUUUCCAGAAUCUUCGCAUUUCGAGAUUGUUCAAAUGA